GCUCAGGCGGGAGUCUUCCUUUACACUCUCCCUCUUCCCUUCAUCAUGGCCUAUCUGGGAGCCCAUUUUGCCUUUAGAUCCCGUUGGAAAAAGACAGAUGAUGAGCUGUGUCGACAUAGCAUGUCCUUUAUCCUCCACAGGGCAAUCCGCAAUGACUUCUUUCAGAGUUACCUUUAUCUCCUGGAAAAACUUUCUCUGGUGAAACUCUAUGCUUUAACCAGCCAAGUCAUCAACGGCGAGAUGCAGUUCUAUGCCAGAGCAAAGCUCUUCUACCGUGAAGUUCCUGCGACAGAAGAGGGGAUGAUGGGAGACUAUAUUGAGCUGUCUAACACAGACAUCCAGGCCUCCCGGGAAUUUCUUAGGAAGUUUGUUGGGGGUCCUGGGAAAGCAGGUACUGACUGUGCCUUGGACUGUGGUUCUGGGAUAGGAAGGGUCAGCAAACAUGUUUUAUUGCCAGUUUUCAACUGUGUAGAAUUGGUGGACAUGAUGGAAACCUUCUUAGCUGAAGCCCAGAAUUACCUACAAGCGAAAGGUGACAAAGUGGAAACUUAUCACUGCUAUAGCCUUCAGGAAUUCACACCUGCCCUCAGAAAAUAUGAUGUCAUUUGGAUUCAGUGGGUUUCUGGGAACCUGACUGAUAAAGACCUCCUUGAGUUUCUUUCUCGCUGUUGUGAAGGCCUGAGGGAAAACGGUAUCAUCAUCUUGAAGGACAACGUGGCCCGCCAAGGUUGUAUCUUUGACUCAUCUGAUAGUAGCGUCAUCCGCGACAUGGACAUUCUCCGGAGCCUCAUUCACAAGAGUGGGCUGGUAGUUCUGAGGGAAGAGAAACAAGAGGGUUUUCCAGAGCAAUGUGUGCCAGUCUGGAUGUUUGCUCUGCGUAGAAAGGUGAUUCCUAGGAUCACAGAAUGAGAGUUGACAAGGACCUUAGAUCUAUACCUGACUAAUCAUCCACCCUGCUAUUUAACAUUAAAAAAAAACAAAGCCCAGAGAAAUUAAGUGAUUAAUUCAAAGUUAUAAAAGUUGAAAGUAGCAGAAUGGAAAUUCAAAUUCAGGUUCCAUGAUUCUAAGGUCAAUAUUCAUCAUUUUGUAUAUACCAUACUGCCUAUCUAAUCAGCAGAAUGAGAGGUUGUGGGCCUAUAUAGUAUUUGGAAAUGGAAGUGUAGGAAGUGAGAUUUUUAAAGUCUGUUAGAAUUCAAUUCACCUCAGUAUACUAUUUUAUACUUUCUGCAUUUCAUGUAUGUGUUUUUUUCCCUUUGGGUCUAUGUCUUUUUUUAAUGAUAUCAUUAAUAUUGUUUUGGAUAAUUGAAUAUGUAUAACUCAUAUCAAAUUUAUUACAGUCUCAGGGUGGGGAGAGGUGAUGAAGAGAGAAAAAAAUUUGGAAUUCAAAAAUUUAAAAAAUGAAUAUUAAAAAUGUUUUAUGUAACUUUACACGUAACUGGGGAAAGUAAAAUAUUAUUUUAAAAGAAUUCAAUUCAACACGGUAGAUACUAUUAAACAUUUAUUGUAUAUGCAAGACACUAGUUGAGAAGAAUAUAUAUUUUUUAAUAAUUAUAACUUUUUAUUGACAGAACCCAUGCCUGGGUCAUUUUUUUACAACAAUUUACCUUGCACUCACUUCUGUUCCAACUUUUCCCCUCCCUCCCUCCACCCCUUUCCCCAGAUGGCAAGCAGUCCUAUACAUGUUAAAUAUGUCACAGUAUAUCCUAGAUACAAUAUAUGUGUGCAGAACCGAACAGUUCUCUUGUUGCACAGGGAGAAUUGGAUUCAGAAGGUAAAAAUAACCCGGGAAGAAAAACCAAAAUGCAAUCAGUUUACAUUCAUUUCCCAAUGUUUUUUCCUUGGGUGUAGCUGCUUCUGUCCAUCCUUGAUCAAUUGAAACUGAGUUAGAUCUUUUCUUUGUCUAAGAAAUCUACUUCCAUCAGAAUACAUCCUCAUACAGUAUCAUUGUUGCGGUAUAUAAUGAUCUCCUGGUUCUGCUCAUUUCACUUAGCAUCAAUUCAUGUAAGUCUCUCCAACCCAUUCUGCUGGCCAUUUCUUACAGAACAAUAAUAUUCCAUAACAUUCAUAUACCACAAUUUACUCAACCAUUCUCCAAUUGAUGGGUAUCCAUUCAUUUUCCAGCUUCUAGCCACUACAAACAGGGCUGCCACAAACAUUUUGGCACAUACAGGUCCCUUUCCCUUCUUUAGUAUCUCUUUGGGAUAUAAGCCCAGGAGUAGCACUGCUGGAUCAAAGGGUAUGCACAUUUUGAUAACUUUUUGGGCAUAAUUCCAGAUUGCUCUCCAGAAUGGUUGGAUUCAUUCACAACUCCACCAACAAUACAUCAAUGUCCCAAUUUUCCCACAUCCCCUCCAACAUUCAUCAUUAUUUUUUCCUGUCAUCUUAGCCAAUCUGACAGGUGUGUAGUGGUAUCUCAGAGUUGUCUUAAUUUGCAUUUCUCAGAUCAAUAGUGAUUUGGAACACUCUUUCAUAUGAGUGGAAAUAAUUUCAAUUUCAUCAUCUGAAAAUUGUUCGUUCAUAUCCUUUGACCAUUUAUCAAUUGGAGAAUGGCUUGAUGAGAAGAAUAUUUAAACUUGGGCUCUUCUCUCAAGCAGCUUGCAAUAUAAGAUUCUGUUUUGAAUUUUAAUGAGGUAUUGGGAAAAAGAGACUAAUAUUUGAAUGAAUGAUAGAUGAUGAUGCAUGUCCACAUGACUUGUUAUUUCAUACUUUUCCCUUUGGGCUUAUAGUUGGAAGGAACCAUGGAGGCCAAACCGUUUCUAAAUAAGAAUCCCUUCUAUACCAUACCUGAUAAGUGUACCUUUGAUUGAAAGCCAUUAGGGAAGCAGAGUCAGCUAUCUCUCUAGAAAGUCCAUUCCAUAUUUUAAAAAUCAUUAAGCAAAAGUUUGUUCAUGCUGCCCACUCCACUUUUGGAUCGAUUGAAUUAAUAAGAUCUUUUCCCAAAUGGAGCUUAAUUUGCCUCUCUGCAAACUUUUGUUCCUAUUUCUGUUCUUUCCAACCAAGCGUACAAAGUCAAACCGUUUUUUCAUAUCAUAGUCCUCCUGACACUUGUCAGCUAACUUGGAAUCACUUAGUCAGGUGAUUCUUUUAUGUCAUGAUGGCCCUUUAUUAUGGCAUUGGUGACUCUUUGAAUGCUCUCUAGUUUGUCAACAUCCUUUCUAAAACAGUGUCCAGUACAAAAAUUUCCAUGUGGUCUACUUAGGACAGAAUGCUGUGGAACCAUCACUUUUGUAGGCUUUGUCUUAAUAUCUGUCUUAAUGGAACAUAAGGAUGCAUUAGUUGUUUUUUUUUAAUUGCUUUACUAUACUGCUGACUCUUCUAAGGCUUGCAAUCAAUUAAAAAACAUAUUUCUUUCAGAUGAACCAUUAUUAGACACUGCUCAACUAUAUGUGGCCACAACUCCCUCAUCUCUUUAUUUUAUUCACAAGAUUAGCAUGAGAAAUAUUGUGAGAUGUCUUGCUAAUAAACCAUAUGGAGUUGCAAAUAUAACACUAAAUUUGUAGUGAUAGCAGACUUGAAUUCAAAUACUGCUUAGAUAGUUACUAGUAUUGAAACACUGGGCAAUUUCUUGAUCUCUCUCAGACUGUUUUCUCAUCUGGAAAUUCAGUAUAGUAAUUGUAUCCACCUCACAGGGUUAUUGUGAAAAUCAAAUGAGGUAACCUGUAAAUACUUGGCAAACCUUACAGCUUACAUGCUAGUAUCAUUAUUAACACAACUGUAUCAUCUAUUAUUUAUAAAUCUAGUAGUAAUUGUCAAAACAGGAAAUGAGGUAAGUUUGGUGUGAUCUGUUCUUGAUGAAGUCAGAUUGACUUUUUGUGAUUACUGCUUCCUUUUCUAUAUACUAAGCCACCAUCCCUUUAAUAAUACAUUCUUGAUUUUCUUUUCAGGAAUCAAAAUCUGUCCAAUUGGCCUAGGAUUGCUUUAAUUUCCUUUUUCAAAAAUCAAGGCAGUUCUUUAGGUCUGUUAAUUUUCCUCCUAUUUUCCAACAUUUUUGAAAGAUUUCUUAGCUCAACAAAUACAUUUAUGGUCCUUUUACUCCCAAGGGAUAAAGUUUAUCUAGUCUUAGUGACUUGAAAUUAUCAAGAGCAGCUUUCGCUUUAUCUCCCUCAUUAGCCAUUUUUUUUCUUGUUGUUUUAUUCUUUCCAGUUCAAAAGUCAUUUUCUUUUAGUGGGGAAAAAAAACCCAUAAAAACAAAACCCAGAAGCAAAACAUGAGCAGAACAGUUCUACAUUCUCUCUGUUAUCUAUUAUCAUCACUUCAUCCAUUCUGAGUACUUGCCUUCUUUGAUCCUCUUCUUCAAUACAGAAUUAAAAAAAAAACACCCAAACCAAAACACAAAACCUUUUAGUUGCCCAUAGCUAGUCUCAGUUCAUUCUGAGAUUUGGCUUUGGCUUUCCUGACUUCAUUCAGCAAAUAUUUGUUAAUACAAUUUUUAUGCAAAGGGCAUUUACCCAUACAUUUGGGAAGCUACAGUGACAAUUAAGAUGAUGCAGUUGUACUCAAGGAGCUUAUGCUUUGAGAAUGGGGGGGGGGAGUUGCAAGAUUAGGUGUUUUCUAAUAGCCCCUUUGUUCAAUCAUUUGAGUUAUAUUUCUAUUUGGUUUUCUUGACAAAGAUACUGGUCUGGUUUGACAAUUUUCUUUGCCAGCUCAUUUUUCAGACGGAGAAACUGAGCAAAUUGGAUUAAGUGAUUUGCUCAGGAUCACACAGCUAUAAGUUUCUGAGAUAGGAUUUGAACUCAUGAAAAUGACUGUAGAUCCAGCACUUUACUCAUUAUACCACCACUAACUCUUAGAAGGUAUAAAGCCAGCCCUUUAUUCACCAAGUAUUUAUGAAGCACCAUUUGUGAAGCAUCAUUAUAUGAUUGUGUUGUGCUUCACUGUAUUUACAGAUAAACAAAAAGAAUAGCAUGACUCUUUAAAGCAACAUAAAGACCCUAAAAGACCCUAUCCUUUUAUCCACCUUUCACAGAUGUACUUUAGGAUAGGUUUGCUUCUAAGUAUUUUUGGUAUUUUUGGUAUUCUAAGUAUUUGGUAUUUGGUGGGGUGAAGAAGGGGAGACUAUUUUCUGUAUAGAAAAUAAUAGUUUCUUGAUUGUGGGAGAAUUUGUUAAGAUCAUAUUAUGAAAUAAUUUUCAUGAUUUAAUUUUGUCUUUUGUUCCUCACUUGGAAGAAAAGUGAUAUGGUCUGUUUUUUCUAUUUGGGGUCAGUUUCACUUACCUACAGUGGAAAUAUGGCUAUACUUUGACUGUAACAAACCAUGAUAGGAACCCCCAGGCAGAAAUGCAUUUCAGUGAUGGGGAGACAUCUCCAUUUAUGAAUAAGUUGUUGAUUGUCCAAACUUCUGGAUAAUCAGCCUUGAAUGGGAAUGCAAGUCAUAGAUAAACUUAAUUUUAUUUAAUCAUUGGCUUUCCCCCAACAAUAGUUAAUAGUGUUAUAAAAUGAUAAAUUUAGGGAGGAAGAGAAAUGAGAGAUCAUCCAAACCAACCCCCUCAUUUUAUGUAGGAAGAAACUAAAGCCAAAAGAGGAAAUUACUUACAGAUCACACAGAUAGAAAGUAGCAGAACUGAUGUUCACUUAGACUGAUUUCUGUCUCUGAAGUUAACAGACAGCAUAAUAAUUUGAGGGGAAUGAAGAAGUAGAAAAAAAGGAUCAAUUAUGAGCAAACUUGCAAAUUGAAUUGUCUGGAUUCCAGUUAAUCCUCUGGUUUAAUGUAAAAUAUAAUUUUGAUUAAGCUAUUAAAAUUGAACAGUGUUGAAUGUUAUGUACAUAUCAUUGUUUGUAUGAAUAUGAUGCUUAAAUAAAACUACUUGUGUUUUUAAUGA